ACUCAAAGCUCCCCGGAUUUUUCCGGAACUGCUCGGGUAUUUCCGUCUUCACAUCGGCACCAAUCGGUUCUUUGCCUCCGCCCUGCAGUUUCUCCUCCCUCACCCUGCUUUGAGGCUCGGUUAUAUUCGCCUUGCCGAGGCUUUAAAUCGAAUCUAUUCGGAAGCCCUCGACUCUGGCAUGCCCGUAAUCGGAGAUAUUCGGUCAUCUCCGGUCUUGGAGCUGAAGCGCUGGGGCUCUUGGGUGUUUGGGGCUGGUUCGAGACCGGAAGUGCGUGGGCUGCCGGGCUGGCCCUGUUUAGGGAUUUCAGGAAAUAUGGAAGCAGCGGCUGUAGUUGGAGUCAAAGAACUCUUGUGACGGUCUCCGUGUUCUUUGAGAUUCCAGGAGGAUGCCACUGGAAUCAUCUUCCUCUUCAAUGCCACUAUCCUUCCCUUCUCCAUUACCCUCAGUACCAGACAAUAUUACCAACUCUUCCCCUCCCCCCAUGUCUUACAUCACUUCCCAGGAGAUGAAGUGUAUUCUUCACUGGUUUGCCAGUUGGUCAGGUCCCCAGCGUGAACGUUUUCUACAGGACCUGGUAGCAAAGGCAGUGCCAGGAAAAUUACAGCCACUGCUGGAUGGUCUGGAGCAACUUAGUGUAUCUGGUGUAAACCGACCACCUUGUAUCUUUGAAUGUCAGCUACGUCUUUGGGAUCAGUGGUUUCAAGGUUGGGCUGAGCAGGAACGCAAUGAAUUUGUCAGACAACUGGAGGUCAGUGACCCAGACUUCGUGGCAAAGUUUUACCAAGCAGUUGCUGCUACAGCUGGUAAGGAUUGAUAGACAUUCAGAUCAAAGAAAAUAACCACAGCUGGUGGAGUCAAGACCAUCUCUCCACAGUGACUCAAUUCAAAUGUGUCACUUAAAGAUUUGGGGAUAGUAUCUCAAUGAGCUGACUGAACUUACAUAUGAGUAUAGGUAUGGUUACUUCAACGUUACCAGCAUUUCCUCUGGAUUCCUAGUGAAAUUGUUUUCCAUUUAAGCAGAUCCAAAUCAGUCUCCUAGUUUGCUUCCUUCCAAGAGAUGUCAAAACCUCAUAAAUGUAAAUGACUUUUGCAACUGUAACUGAAAGGAACCUUCAUGUUACAACUGAAGUCUAUUGCUGGCUCAUGAAGGAUAUAAAGUAGAAUCCUUCUAUAGAAACAGGCGAGAAGAAUAAGAAAAAGUGUUAUUUGGGGGAGGGGUACUGGGGAUUAAACCCAGUGUUGCUCUACCACUGAGCUAU